AUGAGGCUCCAAAAUGUUGAAUCUAAUGAAGACUUAAUCAACUUAAAGUCUUUUUUUGAAUGGAUAGCAAGCAUAGGGGAUGGAACAAUUGGCGGUCCGAAUGAUGAUAAUGCGGUUAUUGAUAUACCGGAUGACCUGUUGUUGAAUGCAUUAGAUGAUCCUGUCGCCUCAAUCGUGAACAACACGUAUCCAAACUUUACUUCUAAUGUCAAUGAAACUGAAUAUCUUCAAGGCAGAGCUAUACUAGCACCGACUCUUGAUGUUGUGGAGACUGUCAAUGAGUACAUGAUUUCACUUAACGCAACUGAGGCAAAUACAUACUUAAGUUCAGACACAACUUGCAGAUCAGAUUGUAAUGUUGAUCUUUUACAAGAUCUUCACACGCUUGAAUUUUUAAAUGCAAUUAGGUGUUCUGGCGUGACGAACCAUGAAUUGAAGCUAAAGGUUGGCACUCCGGUUAUGCUAUUGAGAAACAUAGAUCAUUCCGUGGGGUUAUGCAAUGGCACUAGGUUGGUUAUCACAAGAAUUGGAAACCAUGUUCUUGAGCCAAAAAUUAUGACAGGCAGCAAUGCUGGACAUAAGGUUCUUAUUCCAAGGAUGACAUUUACCCCAUCUGACCCUAGGCUGCCCUUCAGACUACGAAGGAGGCAAUUCCCUCUUAUUGUGUCAUACGCAAUGACAAUCAACAAAAGUCAAGGAAUUGAUAAAAUAAAGUACGACAUCACCAUUCAUUUUGUAACAGAACACUCAAGCGAACUUCCAGCUACCAAGUUCCCGAUCAAGGACGACUACGGUGUCAGUGGUGGUAAUCAAGAUUCAGGUGCCGUUCCAUUUACAUCCGCACAUAGUCCACUACAAAAUGAUGAUUUUGGUACAUAUGGUAUGGACAGUUUGUCAGAUGAUGCUCCAGACACGAAUGAUGAUUGUGAUAAUGAAACUGAUGAUAAUAGUGACGAUAGCGAUGGUGAUAAUAGUGAUAGUGGUGGUGGUGAAAGAUGA